UGACCAGUCUAUGGCACGAGUCUAGCUUUUUGUACUUAAAGUGUAGGCGUUGGAGUAGCUUUUGAGUUACUAUGAAGAUUUACUUAACUUCCUCCUUGUUUCUUUAAGACACAAAAAUGGGAGACUGGAACUUUCUUGGUGGGAUUUUGGAAGAGGUGCAUAUCCACUCCACCAUGGUGGGGAAGAUCUGGCUGACUAUCCUCUUCAUCUUCCGCAUGCUGGUGCUUGGUGUGGCAGCGGAGGAUGUGUGGAAUGAUGAACAGGCUGACUUUAUCUGCAACACUGAGCAGCCUGGUUGCCGCAAUGUGUGCUAUGACAAGGCAUUCCCCAUUUCCCUCAUCCGCUACUGGGUGCUGCAGGUCAUCUUUGUUUCUUCGCCCUCGCUGGUGUACAUGGGCCAUGCUCUCUUCCGACUCCGUGCCCUCGAAAAAGAACGGCAGCGAAAAAAAUUGGCACUGAGACGCGAACUCGAGUCCGUGGAUGUGGAGAUGACAGAGGUAAGACGCAAAAUAGAGCGUGAGCUUCGGCAGAUUGACCAGGGGAAACUGAACAAAGCUCCAUUGAGGGGGUCUCUUCUGCGCACCUACGUGGCUCACAUAGUCACCCGCUCGGCCGUAGAGGUGGGUUUCAUGACCGGACAAUAUAUUCUGUAUGGGUUUCAGCUAAAUCCGCUCUACAAAUGUGAGCGGGAGCCCUGCCCGAAUGCGGUGGAUUGCUUUGUAUCUCGACCCACUGAAAAAAGCUUCUUCAUGGCGUUCAUGCAAUGCAUAGCUGGCAUCUCAUUGUUUCUCAACAUCCUGGAGAUCAUGCACCUGGGCUACAAGAAGUUUAAAAAGGUCAUCUUGAACUACUACCCAGAGCUGAGGGAUGAUCUCGAUGACAGCUACUAUCCCAACAAACUGAAGAAAGAUUCUAUGGUGCAUCAGACAUGCAUCGGCACCUCCACUGGCCGCAAGGCCACCAUUGCAUCGGCAACUAGUGGAUACAACCUUCUUCUCGAGAGACCACCUGAUGGAACCGCUUACCCUCCUUUGAUUAACCCAUCCUCUGCUUUCUUGCCUGUUCAGGGUGAUUUGCCAGCCAAAGAUGGUUCUGAUGCACCAAAGUUCUCGCAGAAUAGUCACACUGAGCACAACAGCAAUUCCAACAACACCAGCAGUGAUACGUGUUCACCACCUUGCAACUCCGUCACACCACCGAAGCAAGACGAAGGGGAAGAUUCCGUCCACCUUCUGUCUCUGCUCAAGAAAGGCCAGGAGUCGAAGACUUCAGACUCAUUGAGCCACACCAGGGAAUCUCCUCACACAUCAUCCGGCAUGGGAAAGAAGCCAUGGAAGGUCAGUGCACCAUGGAACUGCUCAACGGUUGUAGAAGGGAAUGGCUCAGACACGGAUUCCCUGGAAGGAGCUAAGGCCCGCUGUCCUUACGCCGCUGUGCGGGCACGUACUUCAUCCAGGUCUGAUCCCAAAAUGAGCAGGCCUACCUCUCCUGAUUCAAUAGAGGAAUCCAGCUCUGAGUCAAGGCAUAGUCCACGAGCAUCACCGAGCCAUCGCGCCUCAUUGGCCAGCAGUUCCAGUAGCCGACGAGCAGCUCCUACAGACUUACAGAUAUGAGAAAAAUUCAUACAUUCACUAUUGAUGGUAUCCAUGUCAUUUGACCAGUUGUAUGGUGAUGGAAAAUGACCAGAGUGACUGUAAAAUGACUUUAAUCUCCGACUAAUGUUUUAUUUUCAUCGCUAUAAAGUUGUGGCACUCCUUAACGAAUUGUUUAUGCUCUCUUUUUAAAUACAUAUCAAAUUAGCAGUACAAACUGACAGUAAUGAAUUAACAAUAGUAGUAUGACUACACUAGAGAGAUUGUACAUGUGUUUAUGUAUGCCUUGUUCUCACCUGGACACCUUGUUCUCUU